GAACACCCAGAGCCCGACACCCCCUCUUUCCCUUUCCCUCUUUCCCUUUCCCUCUUUCCCUUCCCUUCUCCUUCUUCCUCGAUACCGGCAGCAGCAAGACCUUCACCAUUUCCUUCUUCUUCCUUCUGAAUUUCGAGUGCCACAAGUGAGAUUCAUCACCUUCUCUUUGAUUCAAACGGGUUCUUUUCCUUCCCCUUCUUUUCGGUACAGUUGAGUACGGCAGCGGGGCAUCGGACCCGACCUUCAUCGAACUAGGAACAAGCUAAGUUGAGUACGGCAGCAACAUUUCCCCAUUCAUAAAAUCAAAAUUCUCUCCCUUCUCACUCUAAGAGAUAAAAUCCUAGAAAACAAAAACCCAAAACUACCGCCACCUCAGCCUAGUCGCCGCCUGCCCCAGCCACGUCUUCCGCCGCCAACGCCUGUCGCCAUCAGUGAGCUGCCGAUCCGGCUGCCGGCUGCUGUGCGUUGCCUGUCUCUCAAAACAAAAACGCUACAAACUAGAAUUUUGAUUUUUUUUGAAGGUUUUGUUUAGUUUGAAGAAAAAAGUUGAUAAUGGUAGACGCUAAUAGUUCUGAUGAUAGUUCCAAUGCUUGUAGGGCAUUGAAAAUGUCCCUAUCCAUGUAUGGUUCCGAUGCUUCAGACACUCCUUCAGCUUCUUCUGAUGCUCUGAAUGCAUUGAAAUUGCCUAAAUCGACGUCUCCUGGAAGCAAUGGCUCUCAUGGUUCUGAUGCCCAUCAUGGCUACAUCAAAUCCCGUUAUAAAAGUGAAUUUGAGGAGCUGGCUAUGUUAGGAGAAGGGGUCUUCGGCAAGGUUUUUCGCUGUCGCAAUAGACUCGACGAAAAAGAGUAUGCUAUCAAAGUCAUUCCAUUUUCUAGUGAAGAGCAAGAAAAAAUUGUAUUGGAAGUAAAGAUUCUUGCCAAGAUGUGUCAUCCCAACGUGGUUACAUACCAUCAGGCAUGGAUAGAGGAUCGACUUUCGGCGAGUCCACCCUGUUUUGAAGGGAGUAGUUCUUCUAGUACCCAAGUAUCGACAAAACACUAUACAUAAUUUUAGAAUUAUGUUUUGGGUAAGUAUUCUAAAUUUAAACUAAUCAGACGGUGCUUCAUUAUAUUUUCUAAAGAAAUUAAAUUAUGUUUAUUUCAUUAAAAACAGGACAUUAGAAAGCAAAGGGAUUAAGAACGACAAUGUUUGGAACACAAUUAAUGAAAUUUGUAGCGGACUAGAAUACAUACAUAACCAAGGGGUUAUACACAGAGAUUUAACGCUGCAAAAUAUAUUUUUGGAUCAAGCGGGAGUAGCCAAAAUUGGUGAUUUUGGCAUAGGUAAAUUAUUUUUUAAUUUUUUUUAUAACAUUAGUUCAAUAAUUUUAUAUUUAAAUAGACUAAUAUAAAAUUUUAUUGUAGCAAGAUUUUGUGAUGAAGACGGACGAGCAAAUUUAUUAAAAAAUUCUGGUCACGGAGCCUUAAAAUAUGGAGCUCAAGAGUUAACUGCAAAUAUUCCAUAUGCCGUAAAGGCAACGGAUAUCUAUGCUUUGGGUGUCGUCAUUUUCCAGCUACUGUAUAGAGAUGGAGGUGAUUCGGACAUCACUGAAGCUACAAAGAACUUUACCAUGAACAAAAUUUUGUCGACAAGUUGGACUCGACCUCUAUUGACCGAAAUAUUAUUUCAGAUGAUAAAUGCCAACCCGAAUGAUCGUUUAUAUUUGAUAGACUUGAAGAGUCUAUUAAACGAGGUUUGUAUAUAUUAUACGUCUUCUAAUAAUAUUUAUAUUUUGCAUUUGUUCGAUUAAAUUAUCAUUUGACUUCUUGUGUAAUUAAAAUGCAGGAGCAUUCCAAUAAGAAAAGGAAAAUGUGAUAAUUUGUAAUUAUCAUUUUAAGGAGCUUAAAGAUUCAGAUUUAGGAGAAAGUAUGUUGUGUACUGUUCUCAUUAGUUCACAAAUCUGAAUCUGAACAGUACACAACAUACUUUCUCCCAAAUCUGAAUCUUUAAGCUCCUUCAAAUGAUAAUUACAAAUUAUCACAUUUUCCUUUUCUUAUUGGAAUGCUCCUGCAUUUUAAUUACACAAGAAGUCAAAUGAUAAUUUAAUCGAACAAAUGCAAAAUAUAAAUAUUAUUAGAAAACGUAUAAUAUAUACAAACCUCGUUUAAUAGACUCUUCAAGUCUAUCAAAUAUGGACGAUCAUUUGGGUUGGCAUUUAUCAUCUGAAAUAAUAUUUCGGUCAAUAGAGGUCGAGUCCAACUUGUCGGCAAAAUUUUGUUCUAGGUAAAGUUCUUUGUAGCUUUAGUGAUGUCCGAAUCACCUCCAUCUCUGUACAGUAGCUGGAAAAUGACGACACCCAAAGCAUAGAUAUCCGUUGCCUUUACGGCAUAUGGAAUAUCUGCAGUUAACUCUUGAACUCCAUAUUUUAAGGCUCCGUGACCAGAAUUUUUUGAUAAAUUGGCUCGCCCAUCUUCAUCACAAAAUCUUGCUACAAUAAAAUUUUAUAUUAGUUUAUUUAAACAUAAAAUUAUUGAACUAAUGUUUUAAAAAAUAAUUUACCUAUGCGAAAAUCACCAAUUUUGGCUACUCCCGCUUGAUCCAAAAAUAUAUUUUGCAGCGUUAAAUCUCUGUGUAUAACCCCUUGGUUAUGUAUGUAUUCUAGUCCGCUACAAAUUUCGUUAAUUGUGUUCCAAACAUUGUCGUUCUUAAUCCCUUUGCUUUCUAAUGUCCUGUUUUUAAUGAAAUAAACAUAAUUUAAUUUCUUUAGAAAAUAUAAUGAAGCACCGUCUGAUUAGUUUAAAUUUAGAAUACUUACCCAAAACAUAAUUCUAAAAUUAUGUAUAGUGUUUUGUCGAUACUUGGGUACUAGAAGAACUACGCCCUUCAAAACAGGGUGGACUCGCCGAAAGUCGAUCCUCUAUCCAUGCCUUCAAUAACAAAAAUAUAAAUCACACACUAAAUUUUAGAUAUUGAAUAUAGUCAACAAAAUACUAAAUUAUG